CGCUCAGCUCCCCGCGGCAGAGCAGACAAGAAACCAUGGAGCGCAACAAGACGUGUUGGAGAGUGUCGCUGAGCGCACGGGAGAAGUGCCAGCUCCUGCUCCGUGCCUAAACUCACUUUCUCGACUGUGGGAACAUCUUCCUUCACCAGCGGGCGCGCACGGUGCGGUUUCUCCAUCCAAGCGUGCGUAAAGUGACAGGAGAGGUGCAGAGAAUUUAAAACAACAGUUUGGAGUGACCAAAGAGCGCAGGAGCGAAGGAGGAGAAGAACUAGAAGCGCCCGAAGGAGAGAGACGAGUGCCCGGCGGCGGUUUGCAAUGCUCUGCGUGUUCUACUCUUUGUGCUUUUCUCGCUGUUUCUGGAAAAUGUGGUGCGUAAAAACCCGCUGAUUGCUUUCAUGUCCGACGCCAUUAGAAGGAGCGGUGACUUUUCUUGAAGUAAACUGUGAAGAGGAGCUGUGAUUCGACAAGGAGAAGAAGGACCUGGGCUCCAAACCGAGAGCGAGUCCCUGAACAGUUACGAACCAUGGUGAAGUUUCACAACUCGGACCUAUGGAUAGCCUGGCUGGUCAUCUUCUGCAUGGAGGGUUCAAGGUUUGAUCUACACACAGGGAAAGUGUGUGUGCAGGCACUGGACGUGACAGUGUCCCAGAGCAGCAUCCAGGUGGCCCGUGGUCAGGCGGCCGUCCUGCCCUGCUCUUUCACCACCAGCGCUGCCCUCAACAACCUCAACAUCAUCUGGAUGGUGAUACCGCUGUCCAACGCCAACCAGCCAGAACAGUCAAAGCAGGUGAUCAUUUACCAGGGCGGUCAGGUGUUCAGCCUCGCCAACCACCUCAAUGGCCGUGUGGGCUUCGUGGCCACCAUGCCAAGUACAAGUGCCUCCAUCUUCAUCAACAACACCCAGCUGUCCGACACUGGGACCUACCAGUGCCUGGUCAACAACCUCCCGGACAGAGGGGGGCGCAACAUCGGCGUCAUUGGGCUCACUGUGUUGGUGCCCCCAUCUGUGCCAGCGUGUCGAAUCCAGGGCACGCUGGAUGUAGGCAGUGACAUCAUGCUGCUCUGCAGCUCGGAGGAAGGUAUUCCCACGCCAUCCUACUCCUGGGAGAAGCUGGACGCGCUGCCCAGGCUGCCGCACAACGCCAUGCAAGACCAGAUGCAGGGGUCUGUCACACUGAGAAACAUCAGCACCAGCACCUCAGGACUCUACCAGUGUACCUCCAGCAAUGCGAUUGGCAAGAGCACCUGUCUGCUCAACCUGCAGGUUGUAGCACCUCAGCCUCAGAGCGUGGGUCUGAUAGCAGGGACCAUUGCCACAGGGGUCCUGGCAGUCAUCAUCUGUUCCCUCUUAGUGGUGGUCACACUCUUCUACUGGAAGAACAAGAACAAGUACGAUGAAGAGGAGAUCCCCAAUGAGAUCAGAGAAGAUGACCUUCCCCCGAAGAGGUCUUCAUCAGUGAAGGCUUUCCACGCAGAUGCGUCCUCCUCAGAGAACGACACGUUGACAUCAACCAACACGUACAACAGUCGCUACUGGCACAACCCCAAAACCAACUACGACACCAACUCCUACACUCGCUACAAUGGAGACACGCGCCAGACCUUCUCCACUGCUGCCCAUGGCGCACAUGGACACGGACAGGCCCAGAACGCAGGACACGGCAACAAUACAGUGGUCACAGCACCCGGUUCAGCCCCGCUGUCUCGCCAUGUGCAGCCCACGACGGCAACGACGACAUCGUUUGCCAACGGCAGCCACACACUCCCGCCACCCAAGACUCUGGUGGUCACGACAAACUCUGCCCCGUCCCCUCCCGCCAUGGUGCGCAGCAACGGCUCAGUGAGCCUCAAACCGGUGGUGACGUCCACGCACGGGCAGCACACGCACUCCUAUGCCGUGAGUCAGGCCACGCUGGAGCGGAUGGGGGCGGUGCCGGUCAUGGUGCCCGCCCAGAGCAGAGCGGGCUCGCUGGUCUAAAAUCUGAUUUUGCAAAACAAAACGAAACAAGUUUUUGUUUUAUUUGAUGUUUUGAAAUCCACUGAUGAAAAACAGACUGAAUACGGGCUGAAGCAGCCCACUGCCCUUUACAACUGUGUCUUUCUGUAUGUCCUCACCUUUUUAUCUCAAAUCAAACUGGGAUUUUAAAGCACAGAGUUCAUUUGAUGCCAAUUCCUUCAUGUAGAGGAACCUCCAUUUUGUGGACACUAUGUGGAAUUUAUUCAUCCCUUUAUUGGAUGGAUUGUUCUGUUGGCUGCAGUGGGAACUACUUUUUAACCACAUGGAUGAUUUCACGAAGCUGGAGUGAAAUUUUCCUGCAGAGCCUGAAUUCCCAGAUCUUAUUCAGGGCUGGAUCAUUGUGAUGAUUGUGGGGGGGUUCUUUCUUUUUUUAGGACUCAAACACAAGGCAUUUUCAUCUCAGUGUGUCCACACAGCAUGGUCAGAGUGAAGAGAGCUCAGAUUCUCACAUAAAUGCAUGUGUCCCUUUGUUUUAGGAUGACAAAAUUAUUCAUGAAUUACUUCUAAUCAUUUCUUCUCAGUUGUUAUUUUGAUUGACAAAAAUGAUAGUGAAUGAAAGUGAAUGUUCAAAUGUGUGUCAGGAGAAACUAACAGGAUGAAAGUAUACAAAUGAAAUGAUGGUGAUAAAAUGGCCUUAGAAGCUUAGAGAGGGU